AUAGAUAAGAGUGUAUAUAUGGAAAUAUAACAUUUUGAGGUUAUUUCACCUAAAAAAAUACUUUCUUUGAAUAUCUUUGAAUUAAUGCGAUAUAUUUUUAAGUUUUAAAUGUUUCAAUAAAGUAAAUUUUAACUUAUAUUUUGUAAUUAUGACUACUUUCUCAAGACUUCAUAAAAUUGCUCUUUUAAGUUUAGGCGCUGUUGGUGGUAGUUUAGCAUAUUACACUAUUGGUAAAUCCGAAAAGAAAUUUGAUGUGCAGAAUUCUUGGACUGUAAAUUAUACUCCCAGUGUACAAUGGGAGAAGAAUUGGGACCAUCGGGAACCUCAGUCUAUUGUACAACCAGUAUUGCGUUCUAAACCAGAAGAUGAAAAUAGAUAUAAUGAACAAAUUGAAAAGGCGAAAAGUAAAGCUGUUCGACACUUAUUUCUUAUCAGACAUGGACAAUAUAAUAUUGAAGGAACUACAGACAAAGAGAGAGUCUUAACCGAUUUAGGUAGAAUUCAGGCAGAUCUGACUGGGAAAAGACUCGCGUCUUUAGAUAUAAAGUGGGAUUUACUCGUGCGGUCAACAAUGACGCGAGCCCAAGAGACAGCGUCGAUAAUAGCCAAGCAUCUACCUCAAGAUUUACAAAUAAAAGACUGUCAACUUAUUGAAGAAGGUGCACCCAUUCCACCCGAGCCACCAGUUGGUCACUGGGCACCUGAACCAAAACAGUUCUUCCAGGACGGGGCACGAAUAGAGGCUGCCUUUCGGCGUUACUUCUACAGGGCCCCACCCGACCAGACAAAGGACUCUUUCACAAUUCUUGUGUGUCAUGCGAACGUCAUAAGAUUCUUUGUUUGCAAGGCUCUCCAGUUUCCACCCGAAGGAUGGCUUCGUAUAUCACUUAACCAUGGAUCGAUAACUUGGGUGUCAAUUUUACCCAAUGGCAAUGUAGUGUUACGGGCUCUAAGUGACACGGGUCACAUGGACCCCAAGUACAUCACAAGCCGCCGACCCAAAAAGCUUUCGAAGCGUCGAUUAAACAAGGCUUCGCAACUGUAAUGAAGGUCUAAUUUGAGGCCAUUUGUCGGGGCGUACGGCGUGGCGACGCGUGCAAACAAACCGAGCGGCCUCCACUCUGAACACUAAGACCGUGCUUGUCAUGUAAUGACCCGCUUCGCUCCAAGAUCGAUUAGAGCGGGUAUUCUGUUUCUACAGUUAGAUUUAGAACAAGAAUAUAGAUAUAAAGAAAUAAUGUAUCGGUGAACGGAAAAAAACAAAAUUAUGUUGGUGGGUACUGAAAGUUCAAAGUAGUGUCCGACUUUAUUAGGGUCUGUUUGCAUUAUUUAUUGUGUGUGUGUGUGUGUGUAAUUUGGCAGGAAAUCUUUACGAGUAUCGAUGACAUUCACUACAAGUAUAGAUGCAAACCUACAGACUAUCGCCGGUUUAUAUAAAAUAUAUUAGGUAAUAGAAAAAUAAUUUUGUGAAGGGUUUUUAGAGAGGGCAUCGGUAGGCUAUGCAGUAUGACUUACUAGCUUUUGCCCGCGUCUUCGUUCGCAUAGAUAUUAUACUUUAAACCAUAGGUCAUCUAUCAAUAAUCGCACUUUCAUAGUAAGUUCCAUCACCCUCUUUAGGUAUGAUUUCCGUGAUCAUAGCUAUCCUAUUUCCUUCCCCGGGACUUAAACUAUCUCGAUACUAAAUGUCAUCUAAAUCGGUUGAGCAGUUUUUUUAUAGGAGACUGGGCAAACGAGCAUGCAGCUCACCUGAUGGUAAGUGACUACAGCCGCCUAUGAACGACUGCAACACCAGGGGAAUUGCAGAUGCGUUGUCGACCUUUUAAAAAGGAGUAGGCUCUUUUCUUGAAGGUGCGUAAGUCGUAUCGGUCCGGAAAAAUCGCUGGCGGCAAUCGAUUCCACAAGGAAGUUGUGCGAGGAAGAAAACAUCUUCUAAAUCGCUCAGUGGUGGACCGCCAAUCGUCCAGAUGAUAUGGAUGGUAUCGCAAGUUUUGUCGCGAUGUGCGAUGGUUGCAAUACUGGCUGAGGCAACAAGGGGAGUACCUUGAAACUGAGGAGAUACAACAAAGCGGGUCCCUUUAGCGAUAAACGCGCAAACUUGUGUCUUCUGGGGAUUGAACUGGACUAGAUUUAGUCGCCCCCAAUCCGAGACUUUAUUCAACAAGGUAUCGACUUCAGGCACAAGUUUGUUCCGGUACUCGGCGACGUUUUCCCGAGAAAUACUGGCACGGCCGGUGUAUAGAGCAUCACCAGUACUGUCAUUUGCAUAGCAAUGUAUGUUACCGGUUUGCAAUAUAUCAUUGAUAUGCAAAAGAAACACUCUUGUGAUAGCACGCAGCCUUGUGGAAUACCAGCGUUAAUAGGCUUGUAAUCGGAGCAUGCAGAAAACUGGUGAUCCAAUUGCACAAUUUCUCGGGAAGCCCAUAGGAAAGAACUUGUGAUAUUCUUUCUGUGAUCUUUCACUGAAACAUUUUAUACGGUGAAGAUAUCAAAGAUAUGUCAUCCUGCACGUUCCUAACAGAAGAUAUGUUAUGGAAACUUUAGCACUAGUUUCAGCUAACGGAGCUCAUUCUCCGUGGGCCACUCGGAGAGUUUUGCGAAACUAAAAAAAGUUCUAUGGCUAAAGUUUUUAUUACAAAAUCUUUUCGAAGGACUCACCACCAUACAUAACAUACCAGCCAUAUACAAAAUUUCAUGCGUCUGAACCAAUUAUUAUCGAAACCCUAUUUUUUAUCUAUUAGUCACAGUAAAACUAAAUUUGCAAAUAGUCGUUAUCAUAAAUUUGGCGCAACUUUACAAUUAAAUUAAUUUAACAUAGAUCACCUACAAAAUAAUGUUUGAGUUUAAGUUUUUUCUUUUUCUAAAUAACUGCAACCUGCACACAAUGUAUACUGCGAUCGAUAGACGAGAUUCUAGCGAACGGUACGCUAACAGAUGAACGCUUAUAACAAAUAAAAAACUGCUGAUGGAAAAUAGGCUUACCAGUGCGAGAGAAUAGUAUGUAAAAAAUGUAAACCAUGUAAAAAAAUAAAAAUAUACAUAUUUAUGUUAUGUUUUGUAAAGAGUAAACGGAAAAUGUUGAAGAUCUAUUCUUGAAAAUGCAUUAUAAAUUUUAUUAUUAAAUUUUAAGUUUUUUUUUUAAUGUGUGCCCCAAAUGUCCAAAACGCUAUCCGCCAUAUUAGAUUCCGUCGCGAUGUCACAGAUAAAGUCAACAAGCUAAUGUUAUAAAUAAUAGUACGACGUUUACAAAAUUUUUCAAAUUAUCAUCACGAUUGUUGAAUUUUAUUCCGUAUUUUAUUGAAAUAACAUCAAGGAAGACAGAUCCGUAAAGCAGAAAGUACUAAUCUAUCAAGGAUAAAUAGAUUAAUGGUGGCAAACAUUUUUGCAUGCGAUCCCGUUUUUUGUUCUGUCGAAUUGAGGAAAUGUAAAUACCUAUUAACAACUUUAGUUUAUACAAUAACACAAUACCAGUUCACAUAGAUAUGUUUAUCUAUGGUUACUAUCAUUAGUUAUAUCUAACAUAACUUAAUCUUUUACAAAAUUUAAUUUUUCAACUAUGAUGCUUUUUUUGUAUAAGCGAUAGUUAAAUAUAAGUCAUACUUACAUCAAAGUGAUCUUCACAGAAGUAUAGUCUAGUUUUUGUAGACAAUGUCUUAGGGUCUCUUCUUCCUAUUCUUAACCAAGUGUUUCUCAUAUUUAAAUCAGUUGCCACUUCAAUAUAUAACCUCCUCGGUGUUCUUAUGCUCGAAUUUUUCAUUCAAGCGCAACACAUCAAUGAUAAAGAUGAUAACUCAUGAAAAAUCCAAAAAUAUCUUAUUCCUUUGCAAAAUCGUUUUAUUUACUUAAUCAGUGACGUCCCGAUCUGAACAGCAUGACAGCUAGCGUUUUCGCUCGAAAAUUUAAAACGAUAAAUUAAAAGUAAUUUUAUGACACUAUACGGUUUAAAAAAAUAUUUAAAAAUUGUAGUGGUUUAUUAUCACUCUAGGAUUCAUUUAUUGUAUAUUAUAUCAAACAUUAUUUGAAAAUGGGUAUAAUACCCAUUUUCAAAUAAUGGCUCUACACUACGCUAUGCUAGCCAACUGCCCUCAGAAAGACCUACAAGCUACAACCAGUAGUCUUAAAAAUACUGCUGAUUUUGAUGGUCAUGUUAAAAUGCUAAAGGGUUUUAAAUUUAUAUAAUUUCUAUUGUGCCAAAACACUCACAGGCACAAAUCUUUGUUUUUUAUAAAUAUAUCCCCCAACUAGGAUUUUCUCCUGUAUUGUGGCCUUUGACAUUCAUAAAUUUAUGGACAAGCAUCCAGACCCGGUAGUAUUACUUGAAGACUUGUUCCGUACGUGAUUCGAACCCGCAGACCAGCAGUGUCGUAGCCAAAUGAUUAACUACUACGCUACCGAGUUUCCGAAAAUGUAAAAGUGUGGUUAUUAAAUGUGUUUAAGUUGUACUAUCUUAUAUGUUCAGUGUCGCAUGGGGUAUUUAGAGUAUUUACGGGGAUUGUUUGUAAUAAAAUAUUUGUGUUCUUAUUUUCUAUUAAACAAAAUUAUAAGUAUACAAUAGUAAAUAACAGUCCAAUAAUUAUUAAAAAAUUAGCUAAAUAUUUAUUACAUUGUACAUUAACAGGAAUGAUGAAACUAAAAGUGACGUGAACUUAAUAAAACCCUGUUUACAAUUUUCAACGCAAGAUUUAACAUGAAUUCAAUAAUUACAAAUGGAAGUAUUAAAAGUUUAUUUUGAAGCAAACGUCAAGGAGAUUUAUAUUAUGUAAGUGCCCAUUUCACGUAAAACUAUACGUUGUGACCUAAAAAAUUAACCUGAAAUUGAGGCAAUGGUUUGUAAACUUCAUUUUACUACAAAAGUUAAAAUUACAGGCUAUAUACGUCCCACUGACGGCCCGCCGCGUUGCCCCAAUGCGUGUUGGCGAACUUCACGUCUUCGAAAUAUUUUUUAUUUAUUUCUCAGACAUGCAUUUUUCCUUCUAGCCGAGCACAUGGUAAAUCUGCACUUAAAAUUGCAAUUAACAAUUUCAUUGGUGCCGGCAGGGAUCGAACCCGGGUUGCUCGAGUACUAUGAAACAGCGAGCUCUUAGCCCUUGAGCUACCACGGCUCUACAACAAAUAUGCAGCUAACUAUAAAGAAAAUAAUGAAUUUUUAAGUCACCGUCUUUUUACUUAACCUGCGGCAUCGUAGUAUGUUUAAGUAGUAUAAUGAAAUUAACAAUUAAACAUUACUACUCAAACAUACUAUGAAACGCACGCACACGCACGUGCACGCACACAUGCGCACAAUACGCACGCGUGUUUUUUUUUGACAGAAAAUUUGACAUUUCAGAUAUAAAUGUUAUACUCGACCUCAACGUACGGUAGUCGUGUUUUAUAAUAAUUUAAACUUAAUUUAACGUCGAAGCAACAAUCACAGGAGUAUAGUACGUAUUAUGGGCGAACACUAGACUUUCGGUGUGUAAACAGGGUAGUCUGUGCACUAGACUUGUUCCUUCGUGGCCAUUAUAAACAACGAACGAAUAAGCCAUUCAUCCCGUGAAUGGAAAUUAAUGAAUAACUAAGUGGAUAUGGUAUACAAUAUGGGCUGCGACAUAAGUUAUGUAUAUUUCUUUAGGUUUCUUUUCAUCAUUCUAAAUACCUACUUAUUUACCUAGCGAUUGUUUAGCUUGGGUAUGGCUGCGAAACGUAACGGUAGCAAUGCUAGUAUUAAAAAAAAAUGUUUGCUUUUUUUAAAUAAUUAUAACUAUUAUAUAUUGUAAAUAAUAAUAAUUUGUACCUACUUAUCCUCAGAAAGUUUAAAAGUUGUAUUUUUUAAAAUCGCAAUAUUAAAAAUAUUUCUG